GGGUGUCGGCCCAGUACUGGGGCGUCUCUUGGGAUGGCAGGCGUGCCUCCAACGUGCCCGCCCGCGCCGCCGCCGAUCCCGUCAUCAUGACGUCAUCGUCGGAGCGGUCUGACGUCACGGCGGCGCUGCAGGCGGCCGGACUGCGGCCGGUGCCGGCGUCCGGUGCCGGCUACAAGCUGCUGCAGGUAGCCUUGGGUUCAGCCGCCGGGUUCGUGGUGUCGCUGUCGUCGACGUUUCUGUGGGACACGUGCGGCCCGGACGCCCUGCUCCGGUCUUUAGGAGGAUCCCUGACCUUCACGGAUGGAAGUGCUAUCAGGUACGAUCGGAGCGGCGACAGCAGAAACACUGGCUGUCUGGUGGCCACGCUGGACGACGACGUCCGUCAGCGCGUGCUGGAUGCCCUCGGGCACUGUGGCAACGUCUGAAGGACCGCCGCAGCUUGUGGUCAUGUGAUCGCCAGAGGCACACCGCGAUGACAGGCCCCGACCACCUGGCCAUUCGCCAGUGGUCAUGUCCAAUCCUGGUGCCAACCGUGUUUACUCCGGACUCGAUAUGCUGCAUUUAUGCUGACGUGAUAGUAUGCGGCGAAGCACGCUGCUGAUAUUCUAUAAAUCUGCAUUUAUCGGCCUAGUCCCGAUGUGUACCCGUGCCGCUGGUCUUCCCGUGUUCUGAGAGAUCGUGCGGAUAGUUCCGUGUCGUGUCGCCUUCUACGAGCACUCUCAUCACAUAUCCUAUACACGGUAGACGGCGUGCAGCGCCCGUUCAGCCCCGUGUUGUUCCGUUUCCAUUCCAGUUUUCUCAGGCACAUAUGUCUGCUGCCGUGCUCCGUCAUAGUGGUGCCGACGUUAUCUGCCCUGUUGUGAAUCUCUGCCAUCACGUAGCCCGGGAUUCGCCCCGUCUGGGUCGCUGCGAGGGACCCGCGGUGGCCUCAGUGCCCUCAUUCCGUACGAGAUCACGUGGACAUCUGGCGCCGCGGCCGCGUCCCUGCCGGCCGCGGCGCUGCCUCGCUUCCCCGCCGACUUGUAUCCGCCAGCCGUGCCGGUGCGUGCGUGUGUCGAGCGACCGCCACGUUCUAUUGCGCCCGGUAAGUGCGCGCCGUCAGCCGCAGAUGACCGUGUGACGGCCACAGAGUGGGGCAGGCGGUGCCCCCUCGCGACCGGACGCCAUUUUGUCCGACCUUUUCCGACGCCGACGUGUUUGUGAUGUACUCCACUUGUAGCGGCUGUUGCCGAACGUUUUUGUGAAACGCUGGUGCGGUUUGUUUGCUUUGCAAGUACUUACUGGGUAGCCGAAGCAAUCGUGUUUAAGUCGUAGCAUAUGGGAAGUGGUUGUUUCCAGGUAUGAGCUCCGUUGUGGAUGUCAUGCAGUGCUAUUGUCGUGCGUGUCGUGAUAUAUAUUGUCAGUGAACUGUACGUUUCUAAUGAGAUCGAGGAAGCAGAGGUUUUUGUCAGGAC